CACCAUGUGGACGGAUGUUUAUCAGAACUUCGUGUGUUCAGAUCAGAUCCUUGUUCUGUUAAGGUUCUGAGUGGUCCAAUCUAGAUGUGACCAAACAAACAUCUCUGAACUCUUGACCUAAAGGAACUGGACCUGAGUGGAGUCACUGACCUUCCCUCCAUCCAGGACCUCUACAGAUCUAGAGACAUGAAAAUGGACGCUAACGCCUCUGCAGAUCCCACACAUGCUGGACAUGACUUUUACCUUCAGAUGCACACUACAGAGACAGCUUCUUCUGAUGGACACAAUAAACACCCUAGACCACAAGGAUCAAACUCCUGGCCAAAUUUGGCCCCCCAUAACUUUAUGAGGCCCUCUCGAGUCUGGAGGGCCUCAUAAAUUGAACCUUAAGAUAACAGUUGUGUGCUUAAAUAUUAUUUUAUCAGUCAAAUCAAAUCAGUUGUCAUUUGUAUUGGACCAAAUUACAUUAUGUGAAAACAAAGUGGCAAUCGAACACAGGGAAAGGUAAUAUUUUAACAGUUUUAUCGGUUAUUUUUAUCAGUACAUUCUGCCACAACUGGUUCUUUACGGACAUUCAUGAUGUUGAUGCGGCCGAAAAGAAAAUGCCACAUCCCCGGUCUUACAGAAAAAGUUGUUGGCUACUCUGCUGUGGAACUAAAUAAGCUUGUCCACUGCUCUAACUUGUCUUUUUUAUUUUGUUAAAAAUUCCUACAUGUACUGUUUCUUAUAUCUAUUAUUUUAUUUCCUCUACAGUUUAUAUUUUACACUUAAUGUCUUCAAACCGAAGUCAGAUUCCUUGUUGGUGUACACAAUCAUGGCCAGUAAACUGAUUCUGUAUUCAAAUCCCACUCAAAAUGUGAAUCACCUUUGGCACUGCUGGCUUUCCAUACAGGGCAACAUAUUAAAUGGCAUCCAUGUGAUGUGGAUUUGUUUCCUGUUACAUUUAAAUUAAAUCGUCAACAGCUUUAUGUUACAGACGUCAAAACAUGUAGAUUAAGAUCAAAUGUGCAACUGAAAGUGAUAAAAUGUUUGUCAGAAGUGGGAUUCGAACCCACGCCUCCAGAGGAGACUGCGACCUGAACGCAGCGCCUUAGACCGCUCGGCCAUCCUGACAUCAUGACAACACACAGACAACCGGCAGGAUUUAAACAACGUCAGCCCGUCACUGCGAGCCACCGUUAUACUUCACGUUUUCUACUUUAUGGAGCCGAUUGUCAAAGCGGAUACGAAAUCGCCUCUACGGCUCAAUGUUCAGGUAAAAUCUCGUAGCGAAAAAGUUGGGUAGGAAAAGCUACAAUGUUACGAAAAGAUCGGCUACCCCCCACUGGGUGGGUCAGGAUCACGAGCUGGAUCAUGUUCGGACAUGUUGGUAUGUCUGGCUAGGUCACACCCUAAAUUUGGAUUUUUUUUGGACCGGUUUAGUUCCCCCUUGCGUCAGCUGCGUCAGUUUCGUUUUCCUUUCAUCGUCGCUAUUAACUAAAAGCAGCGGAAGAAGAAGAGUUUCGGUUCUGCGUGGUACCGAAAGGAAGAGAACACCUUCGUCGGACUGAAACGGCUCCUGAACAAUUUGGACCACAGACACAAUGAACCAAGCUGCUCCGAGGCAGCGACCCGUCAUCCCGCAGGUCCGGUACCACCCAUCCAUUCAGAUGGCAGGAAGUGGAACCACAGCCGGUGCUACUCGCCGUCCUCAGACCAGAACUCAACCUAAAAUGGUCCAGAAGAACCAGAACUCCAACGGAACCGGUUCGGCUGGGGCGCACAGACCACCUGACAAUGAUCCAGGUCCAACUGCAGAUCAAGCAUCAAGCAAACAGGGUCAGAGGUCCAGACCAGGUGCUGCUCGCCACCCUCAGACCAGAACUGAGCCCAGAGUGGUCCAGAAGAACCAGGACUCCAGCAGGACCGGUCCAUGUCUCAACAAAGGACCAGAACCCAAGAGGGAUCUGGGUUCUGCUGAAGACAAAGCUCCUCCCACACCAAACCAGGUCCCGCUGGACCCAAGGGCCAAACUGGACCGAAACCUGCUGCAGCAGGUGGAGGUUCUGACCCGUGGACAGAGCACCAACCAGGACUGGUUCCACUGGAGGAAGAACCGGAUCACAGCCUCCGUGGCCCAUCGCAUCGCUCACUCCAGGUUUGUCAACGGCAAGAGCAAAGCUCCACCCCCUUCGUACCUGGCUGCCAUCACAGGCGAGGGGCCAAAAGUCCAGACCAGAGCCAUGAGCUGGGGCAUCGAGAUGGAGGCCGAGGUCGUCCACAGGUACCAGACUCUGAAGUCGGCGGCGCUGGGCCGACCCGUCCGGGUUCUGGAGUGCGGCCUGUUCAUCGACGGCCAGCGGCCCUGGCUGGCGGCCAGCCCUGACGGCAUCGUGGUGGACGCGCAGAGCGGCCGCAGGCUGCUCUGUCUGGAGGUCAAAUGUCCCUACAAACACCGGCACCGGAGCGUGGAGGACGCCUGCAGGGACGACCCGUACUUCUGCCUGCAGCUGGACGGGGACACACCUGGACAGGCUCCAGUUUACGCCCUGAAGAAGUCCCAUAGCUACUUCACGCAGAUCCAGGUCCAGCUGGCUGUCACAGGCCUGGACCGGGCCGACCUGGUCGUCUUCACUCUGAAGGAGACAGCUAUUGUCCCUGUGACCUUUGACCCCGACCUGUGGGACGAGACUGUGUCCAAGCUGGAGGUCUUCUACCGGGACGCCGUCCUCCCUCACCUCAGACAAAAAAUGCAGCGGAACGCAGCCGCAGGGCCAGAACUGUAGAAACAGGACGAUCCAAACAAAAGUGGUCUCCUGUACACGUCCUGUCCUCUGAGGACGGAUAUGUUCUGGUUCUGAGGGGGGUAGAGGACGCAGGUCAUUUUUUAAGAUACUGGUUCAGUUCAGAUUAAACAGGUUGGACUUCUGAGGAACCCGAUCUUCUAAGUCCAGUUUGUUCAACAUCGUCCAACCAGAGACAGACAGAACCCUGAUGAGCUUCAGGAUCAGAACCAAUCCAAACGUUGCCAACUGGAUCAGCUCACACUUCCUCAUAUCGGACCUUUUUCUGUAGUGGGUUCAGGGUUCCGAAAAUAAAUUAAUUUUAUAUGAA